AUGGCCGAAGAAAAGGAGCAAAUUGCCCCUGAAAAGAACGAGAAGCCUGAGAUCCCAGAAGAGGAGGAGGAUGAGGAGGACAUUGAGCAAUUAGUGAUGGAAUUGCAGUCUAACGGAGGUGCUGCAGAUGAGGAAGAAGAAGAAGAUGAUGCACCAGUUGCCGGUGCAGCCAAGGUUGUUCCAGAGUCUAUGCUUCAGACAGACCCCUCUGUUGGUUUGUCAUCCUCUGAGGUUGCUCAGAGAGUGAAGAAGUUUGGUUUGAACCAGAUGGCUGAGGAGAAGGAGAACAUGUUUGUCAAGUUCUGUACCUACUUCGUCGGACCUAUCCAGUUCGUUAUGGAGGCCGCCGCACUUUUGGCCCUUGGUCUUGAGGACUGGGUCGAUUUCGGUGUCAUCUGUGCCUUGCUUCUGUUGAAUGCCGGUGUUGGUUUCAUCCAAGAAUUCCAGGCCGGUUCUAUCGUUGAUGAAUUGAAGAAGACUCUUGCCAACACAGCUGCCGUCUUGAGAGAUGGUAAGUUUGUUGACGUCCCAGCUUCCGAAGUCGUUCCGGGUGAUAUCUUGAAGGUUGACGAGGGUAACGUCAUUCCAGCCGACGGUAAGUUGGUUUCCGAAGGAUGCUUCUUGCAGGUUGACCAGUCUGCCAUUACCGGUGAGUCUCUUGCUGUUGACAAGCAUGUCAACGAUGCCGUUUUCUCGUCUUCCACCAUCAAGCGUGGUGAGUCUUUGAUGCUCGUUACUGCCACUGGUGACUCCACCUUCGUUGGAAGAGCCGCUUCUUUGGUUAACCAGGCUUCUGGUGGCCAUGGUCACUUCACUGAGGUGUUGAACGGUAUCGGUACGAUGCUUUUGAUCCUUGUGAUUGCCACUUUGCUUGUCAUCUACGUUGCCUGCUUCUACAGAACGUCCUCAAUCGUCCGUAUCUUGCGUUUCACCUUGGCCAUCACCAUUGUUGGUGUGCCUGUUGGUUUGCCUGCCGUUGUUACUACUACCAUGGCAGUUGGUGCCGCCUACUUGGCCAGAAAGAAGGCCAUUGUGCAGCGUUUGUCUGCCAUCGAGUCUCUUGCCGGUGUCGAGAUCUUGUGCUCCGAUAAGACAGGUACUUUGACCAAGAACAAGCUUUCCUUGCACGAGCCUUACACUGUGGAAGGUGUCGAGUCCGAUGACUUGAUGUUGACCGCUUGUCUUGCAGCUUCCAGAAAGAAGAAGGCUCUCGAUGCCAUCGACAAGGCCUUCCUCAAGUCCUUGAUUUCGUAUCCAAAGGCUUUGGCCGCCAUGCCUCAGUACAAGGUGUUGGAGUUCCAGCCUUUCGACCCUGUUUCCAAGAAAGUUACUGCAGUUGUUGAGUCCCCAGCCGGCGAGCACAUCGUCUGUGUUAAGGGCGCUCCAUUGUUUGUGUUGAAGACCGUCCAGGAGGACCAUCCAAUUCCAGAAGAUGUCCUUGAGGCCUACGAGAACAAGGUUGCCGAAUUCGCUUCGAGAGGUUUCAGAUCGCUUGGUGUUGCCAGAAAGAGAGGCGAGGGCCACUGGGAGAUCCUCGGAAUUAUGCCAUGUAUGGACCCACCUAGAGAUGACACUGCUAAGACCGUUAACGAGGCCAAGAGACUUGGUUUGAGAAUUAAGAUGCUUACCGGUGAUGCCGUUGGUAUUGCCAAGGAGACCUGCAGACAGUUGGGUCUUGGAACUAACAUUUACGAUGCCGAGAGACUUGGUCUUGGAGGCGGUGGUGACAUGGCCGGUUCCGAGAUGUACGAUUUCGUUGAGAAUGCCGAUGGUUUCGCUGAAGUCUUCCCUCAGCACAAGUACAACGUUGUUGAGAUCUUGCAGGAGAGAGGAUACUUGGUUGCCAUGACUGGUGACGGUGUUAACGAUGCUCCAUCUUUGAAGAAGGCCGACACUGGUAUUGCCGUUGAGGGUGCUUCUGAUGCCGCUCGUUCUGCCGCUGAUAUUGUUUUCCUUGCCCCAGGUUUGUCCGCUAUUAUCGAUGCCUUGAAGACCUCCAGACAGAUUUUCCACAGAAUGUACGCAUACGUGGUCUACCGUAUCGCUUUGUCUUUGCACUUGGAGAUCUUCUACGGUUUGUGGAUUGCCAUCUUGGACGACAUGAUGGACAUCAACUUGGUUGUCUUCAUUGCCAUUUUCGCCGAUGUUGCCACUCUUGCCAUUGCCUACGAUAACGCUCCUUACUCCAUGAAGCCUGUCAAGUGGGACUUGCCUAGAUUAUGGGGUAUGUCUGUCAUCAUGGGUAUCAUCUUAGCCAUCGGUACCUGGAUUACCUUGACAACCAUGUUCUUGCCAAAGGGAGGUAUCAUCCAGAACUUCGGUGGUGUUGACGGUGUCUUGUUCUUGCAGAUCUCGUUGACCGAGAACUGGCUUAUUUUCAUCACUCGUGCCGUCGGACCUUUCUGGUCUUCUUGCCCAUCUUGGCAAUUGGCCGGUGCCGUUUUGGCCGUCGAUGUUAUCGCCACAUGCUUCUGUUUGUUCGGAUGGUGGUGCCAGAACUGGACUGAUAUCGUUACUGUUGUCAGAGUCUACUUGUGGUCUUUCGGUGUCUUCUCUGUUUUGGGAGGUGCCUACUACAUGAUGUCUGAGUCUGACAAGUUCGACCGUUUCAUGAACGGUAAGCCAAUGCACGACAAGCCUCCUCAGAGAUCUCUUGAGGACUUCAUGGUUGCCAUGAAGAGAGUUUCCACUCAGCAUGAGAAAUCCAGCUGA